AUGGCUACAGAGGAAUUACCAGUGACCAGCACGAGCGGCCAGGAGGACGUGGAGCCGAUCGUGGGGCUCAAGAACUGCAAGCUAGUUAGCCAGGGAGCUGAGGCGCGCGUGUGGGAGACGACGUUCUGCGGGCAGCCAUGCAUCGUGAAGCAGCGGUUCAGCAAGAAGUACCGCCACCCCGCCCUCGACAAGAAGCUCACAGCCACGCGGCUCAAGCAGGAGGCCCGAAGCGUCCUGCGCGCACGCAAGGCGGGUGUGCCUACCCCGGUCCUAUAUUUCGUGGAGGUGGAGAGCGCCAGCAUAUAUAUGGAGCGCAUCACAGGGCGGUCCAUACGGCACCUGCUGGGGGACGGCCUGCUGGACGCGGCAGGCACCGCGCGGGUGAUGGCGGAGGUGGGGCGGCUGCUGGCGCUGAUGCAUGACGGCGGCCUGAUACACGGGGACCUGACAACAAGCAACAUGCUUGUCAGGGAGUCUGACGGGGCCGUGGUAAUGAUUGACUUUGGCCUGAGCUACAACAGCAAGCUGCCAGAGGACAAGGGCGUCGACCUUUACGUCAUGGAGCGCGCGCUGACGUCAGCACACUCCCAGCUGGAGGGGCUGUUUGACCAAAUCCUGGAGUCCUACAAGAAGCACUCGAAGCAGUGGUCGGCCACGUUCAACCGCUUCGCAGAAGGUAACACGUUCCCUUGA